GCCGGGUCGCCCUGCGUCACGCGGCGACGGUGGCAGCGGCGCCAGCGCGGCGACGGGGGAGGUGCCAGGCGUGGCGGGCGGCGGCAACGGGGGCGGCCCACAGAGCCGAGCCGCAGCACGGGGCGGCGCAGUCGAGUGGCGGCGCCCGGCGGGUCCCAGCCUCCCGACCCCCAGCGUGGUGAUGCUGGCGAUUCAGGCCUCCUUCCCAGGGAAGAGCGUCGAGGUUCCCGUCUGGAAGGCGGACGUGGACGCGCGGCACAAGGCCACGAGCGUGGUGAAGCUGUGGGCGCGGGAGCACCUUGGGGUAGAGGACGUGCCGCCCGGCCUGCAGGUCACCGCUGGUCCUGGCGGGGCGGCCCUGGACUUGCGGGAGGCGCUGGCGAGCCUGCGGCCUAUGCUGCCUGUGAGGGAAGCCCGGUUGUUGAUGUCUAUCGUCUGGCCGGCGGACGUCCGCUGGGGUGGGGACGGCCCUGUCACGCCGUUGGGAAGGCUGCCGUCGCAUACGUCCGCCGUCGGCAAGCUGAUGAGCCUGAACGUCAGCUGCCGCUACGCUAACGUCGAUGGCAGCGUCAUGGGCUGGCACACCAGCAGCACCUACAAGGCCAAGCUGGAGGCAGGGGUGUACGAAGAGAACGCGGGCCUGUACGCCCAGGCUGCAUACGUGGAGGCGAUGCGCUCGCCCCCUGCGCAGUCACCUGGCACGCUGGCUGGCCUGUUGGUAGACGAGACCGUCGGCAGCUGCGAGCUGGUGGUCUUUUCGGACCACUCGCUCUUCCCGCACAGCGCGUCGAAGCCGAGUCAUGAGGCCUUCCGCGCUAUUCUGAAGGGGCCAGCUACGCUGCUCGCGAACUGGGAGCACACCUGCAGGAGAUUCGAGGAGAGCCGGGUGAACGAGAAGACGCCAGUCGACAAGCUCAUGCCUUGCCCCACCUUCAUCCCCACCAAGGGCCGUGCCCAGCGGUCCAACCUGAACUGGGAGGCCGACCACGUGUACGGUCCACUGGGCCGCGAGGGUAAGCCGGCUGGCCGCUUCCCAGUCGUCUGUGUGGUUGUCGAGCCGGCGGAAGAGGCCGAGUACCGCGAGGCAUGGCCGCAGGGCUUGAUGCUCGUGCUGCCGCGGGACGGCGGGGGACCUGGCUUCGCUCGCUGGGCGAUUCAGCGGGUGUGCACCAGGGCAUUCCAGUGGUGUGGGAAGUUGGGCUCCGAAGGCAGCGGGAAGUGGCAAGAGCGGAGGCUACCGUGGAUCUGGGUGUUUGACGACAGUCUGUCCAUGUUUUACCGGCUGGUGGACCUCGAGGCGGCCCUCGUGGGCGACCCCCACAGGCGCACCCCUCAGCGUGUGAAGCAGCGCGAAGCUCCAGAGGGCAUGCCCAUGUUCCGCGAGGCUAUGCUAGAGGUGCAGCGACACGUUUUCUUGCCGAGGGCUGCGGUGGCUGGGUUUCUCAGGGACGACGGCACCGCAUCUUGCAAGAAGAUGGGCUGGAAGAUGGACGAGAUGUCCCUCUGGAAGGUGGUGUUCCUCAACCUGCCUGAACUCCGCAGGCUCCAGGUGGAGUACCUGCCAGACCUGCAGCUGUACGAGGACGUCUGUCUGAACCACCAGGUGCUGAAGAGCGGGGGCCACACCUUGAAGUGCCAGAGCUUCUGCUUCCGCGCCGCGCACUCCAGGCAGGGCGGCUGUGCGGAUCAGGUCGGCGUCGGCAAGCGGAACGCAGACGGCACCACGCUGCAGGAUCUGAUGCCAGCCGAGGUAUUCGCCCGCCUCGGUGGCCAGAGUCGGAAGACCGUGGAGGAGCUGCUCGGAUGGGUGCGCGCCAAGGAGCAGGCCUGCGUCGACAAGAGCGGCCGGCCCCCACAGGAGGACGCCGGGGCACCUGGCGACGCAAAGGCCCAGGACCAGCUCGAGCGUCGCACCGGCGCUCCAGCCGAGGCUGGAGCUGCGGGCGCUGGGGCCUCCGCAGCGCCCGCCUGCGUCGAUGAGGGCGGCGAGCUCCCACGUGAGGAUCUCAGCGCCGCAGGCGAUGCGAAGGGCCAGGACCAUCUCGAACGUCGCACGGGCGCGCCAGCCAAGGCUGGGGCUCUGGGCGCCAGCGCCUCCGCAGCGCAGGUCUCGGCCUCGCGGGCCCCAACAGUGGGCCGUGCAGCCGAGGACAGGCUCCGCGCAGAGAGUCUGCGGACCAAGGAGCAGAAGAGGGCCCAGGCCAAGGAGGCCAAGGAGAGAGAUCUGGCCAAGGAGAGAGAGAUUCGGAAGAGGGCGUACGAGCAGAGGAAGGUCACCAGAGACCACCGGCAGGAAUACAUCAGAAGAAAAGAGGUCUUGGCGGGCUGCGAGGCCGACAUCGUCCAGAGGGUUGCGACGGUGGCGGUGCCUGCAGGGGGCCCACAGCCAGCCCACUACGCCGCGCUCGGUGUGGAGAAGGCAGCGGACCAGGCCAAGGUCGAGCGCGCGUUCACGCGGGCAGCCCUGAAAUCUAUCUACUACGCGAGCGGGAAGACAAAGUGUCGGCUCGAGGAGAAGCUCGACUUCUCGCCACCGCGGGUCCGCCGCUUCAGGGAGCUGGCGGAGGCCUACCACUUGGUCCUGAGGGCCGCGCCAGAGGCCGCCAGGGCAGAGAGGGCGGUCCUGCCGACCGAGGCCGCCGAGGGCGAGGACGGCGGCAGCGAGUCCUCCUCGUCCGAGUCGUCCUCCAGAGUGAGCCUGCGGCUGAGCAGCGGCGAAGGCAGGGUCAGUCUCGGUCCGAUCUCUCUGGCAGACUACGAAGCUCCGAGGAUCCGAUGAGUCCCGAUGCUCGCAUGGCGCCGUGCAUCCUGGCACAGCUGAUGCCGACCCGGUCUCGAUUCCGCGCCGGUGCCCGAUGCGGCCUCAUUUGACUCACGUUCCGAUUCGAAUCCGAUUUCCCGAUCCGAUGCUGACUGAUCUUGCGAAGGCUGCGACCCAGAUAUCCGACGAUCUCAUUGUUUCAGUCCGCCACCCCCACAGCUUCAGACUCCUUCACCGGGGGCAGUUUCACACCCCAGAUCGGCUCCUGAUGGAACCUGGAGACGGCCCCCGCGGGGGCCGAGACCGUGAGGGAAACCGCCCGCUGGAUUUACAAGACCUCAACCCUUCGGACGUCCUGGGCCCCAGG